AACUAUCUCGGCAACAUCCAUACCAGAUUAAAGUGAACAAGAGGAGGGCAUUAUUCGUCCAAUUGGGUCCCAUGAAUAAUAUUAUAUUCGAACUUGGAGAAUUUUGCACUCAACUAGAUGUGUAUCACGCGUUCCGCAUCCAAUUGGUGGAGUAGGUGAAUAACAGGUGUUGACAUCUAAGGAGGCCAAGUCCAGGUUGGGGUUGAGCGGCGUUCCGUCUGAACUCAUUAGGCGCAUGAAGUCGAUAUCCGACCGAACACACCAUGAUCCGAUAAGAGAAACUAUUGAAGACAUUCAAUGGACUCUUCAGCUCCGAAGCGAAGGAAGACGUCGCCUACGACGAACGUUCCGAUAGGCGGUUCGGACGCACCGUCAACCUUGGGUUCGCCAGCUAGACGACCUCCGCGACGAAACAGACCGUCUUUCGCGUCGCCGACGAAAGCUAGCCUAGCGCGAUCGAACCCCGACAUUCUAGAGCGAAGAAGUGCCUCUCGAGCCCCAGAAGCUGGACCAGCAGGAGAUGACACGGGGACACCCGUUGGUGAAGCGCAAUACGCGCAAUCUACGCCAGCUGACCAACCAUGGAGUCCGGUCCGACGCGCUACAGGAGCUAUGGCCUCCGCACCGCGAAGAACACCGAACAAACAACCGUCACAACCAAUACCACAGCCUUCAGCAGGAGAUGCAGCAUUGCUGAAUCCAUUUAAAGGUCGCGCAUUGCGACGUUCUCCGCCUCUUGGGACGCCCGUACCAGAAAUUGCACCGGAGCCAGAAGUCCAAGAAGCAGAAGAACAAGAAGAACCAGAGGAACAAGAACAGCUCCAAGAACCGGAGGUAGAAGAGGAUGCAGAACGUCGAGAGGAACAAGAUCAACCUGAUGAGCCCGAAGAAGAACCUGAAGAAGAACCUGAAGAACAAGAACUUCCGCCCACGCCGACACAAAAAGGAAUAUCCGAUCCUGCCUCGGUUACCACCUCUCCCAUGGGUAUUCAUAAUACACCCACCAAGCGCCCAAGAAGGAGUAGAGCAUUAGCCGAGAGAAUUAAGAGUUCUCCGCUCAAGCAACCUCCUCUCUUCCCCAAAGGACCUACUAAAGAAUCUAUGCGUGAAGGGUCUCCGUCUCGAGCGGCAGUAAAAUUAAGAGCUCUGAGAGAACAACCCCAAAGGACGAAAAAACGAAAAUCGCAUUCGGCUCGAAACAUAGAAGAGCCGGACCCAUUAGCUGAGAAGAAAACAUUACGAGAUUCGCUGCUCGCUGAAGUUGCACGUCUGAAAUCAGAUCUAGAACUUGCUACUCGUGAGAAUAAUCGUUUACACCAGUUACAACAGACACGACGGGAUGAUUCGGCGUCAAAAGAUCCAGAAGAUAAAGAUGGCCUUCUCGAUUUAUUGCGUAGACACGUCUUACCGCCUGAAAAAGAGGUGGCACCCGAUCCAACACAAGAUUGGCUCGAAGCAGUGUUAAACCCCAUAUCAUUCCUACCUUUUAGCAAAGCAAACCCCUCGCUUCCGAACCUAUUCGCUCCACAAGAAAGUGCUGAAAAAGAAGAAACCGAGAAGCCGCCGGCUUCGCAUCAUCCCAUAUCGAUGACAGCGGACGAAGAAUUACCUUACCUCCAAGUCUUCACCCCAUUGACAUUUACUUCCACCGUCUCGAUCAUACCACGAGACGAUCCUACGAAUUCGGGACCGCUUUCGCAAAAGCAUGCCAUAUCCGUCUCGUCCACGCCGCCCGGUCUAUUCGUCGCCAAGGUCGAAAUGACAGUCAACACCAAAUCGUUAUCCAUCUCCGAAUUAAGCGUACCCCGCCUCGAGCCAUCUGCAGUUUCCGAGCUGGGACCCUUUAUAGAAAAGGUGGUUCACGGCGUAGGAACCAGCGCGCUGACGAGAAAUGUCAGCAUCAUCACCUGGGCGAUGAGCGAGUGGCUCCGCGUCGCGACGAGGAGAGCCCGUUUCUGGUGCGCCGUCGAGAGAGAGCUGGGAAGCAGCGAGGGUCUAGCGAAAUGUGCCGCGGAGAUGCGAAAAGAUACGAGGAAGAGAGGCUCGGGUCGGCGAGCCGCGGCAGAUGACAGCGACGACGAUGAAGACGAGAAUGAAAUAGGGUCCAAGAAGGCGCGCUUCACUAAAGCCGAUCUGUUACCGCAGUUGGGCAGGACGAAUCUGGAUCUAGAAUUGUCUGAUCCCGACGGCGCGGAAGAGGUCCCGAGUAUUCGUAUCCAGUGGCGUAUCGAGUUCGAUUGGACGGGAGAGGCGCAGAGCAAAAUGGAACUGUUGCUCGGGGUCCCGGCGAAGUGGCAUGGACACGAUACGAGGGGUAGCUUGACGAGCAUACCGGGCAUGUUCGACAAACUCGUUCAGGAGAACAAGGAUCCGAUGGAGGCGCUGAGGACGGUCGUCGCUUUACUAGUUGGGGAGGCGUGAGCAAAGUACCUAAUAGGUAAAAGUACAGGGGUCAAAUGGCGUUUUUGUGAGUACUACGGUAAUUCGAGCUAUAAACUCAUGGCGGGUUACGUGUUAUGAGAGCAUGACGGGGUUUUGGGAUGGGGGCGAAAGCAAGCCACCGGACUUUCGGACUUUGUUUGGCUUAGUGGUGACAUACGCUCCUCGCAUGGCAUUCUGGAAUAGUACGUCAAGGUCGUUGAAAUACCCAAGGAACCUCGUAGCUACAUUGUAUACUAGGUACACACCUACGCGACGCUUAGCUCCCUCCUUACCUACCUAUACCUAU